CAUUUUUUGUAUUAUUUUACGAUACCGCAAAAUACUAUCAAAUAUCAAAUAUCGAGAUCCGAUGGGUUCGUCCUGGCCUUUGGAGAUACGAUUAAAUUAAUUUGUUUAUUUAUUCAUUAAUUAUCUUUAUAUUAAUUUAUUGCUGCUAUCGAAUAUUCGAGUGCACCUGCCUCUAGGUGGAAGCUCGCAUCUUUAUAACUGAUAUCGCCAUUCUGUGUGGCGAUUAAGCGAUUUACGAUCUCAUGUUUAGCAAGUAUAAUUUCUAUUGUCAUUUGUCAUUUCUCGACAUUUGAUUUCAACAUUAAUAUUGUUCGUCAACAAGUUUUUGUCAUUGAGAAUUAUCUACAACCAUACGGGAUGGAUUCAAUUACGUUUCUAAUGUACAAAAUACAUCAAUUUCGGAAGAAGAUGGCGAGUGCUCCAUUGUUAUGAAGGACUGCAGUAAAUUAUUAGUAUACUUUACAUAGGAAUACACCACCAUCAUAUAAUCAUUUUUUAACAAUGGAGGGUUCAUAUCAGCCAUCAUUUGAUUACCAGCAAAACCAAGCAAUGACUUACACUCAAAGUCUCUAUAAUGGAUAUGAUAUGCAGCAAGUAAAAAACAUUGAUACAAAUAAUUACUAUAAUAGCACACAUGUAACUACUUCAUUUCCUUAUAAUAAUGUUAAUGGACAUUUCAAUAUGGGAUACAAUGUGAUGCCUAUUAAUGUGCCGUAUGUUAAUGGAUCUUUGAUUCCAUCAACAAGCUCCUUAACUACAAAUUAUAGCAAUGGUAAUUAUGUACCUUCAACAUUGUACUCAUAUAGUAAUAUGCCUCAACUUCAACAACCACAUAUAACUGGAUAUUUCAAUAAUGAAUCAUUACCCGGGGUAACAAAAAAAACAUUUACUAAUGGAUAUAUACAAUCUUCAUCAAAUAGCUUAAACUAUAAUGAUAAAUAUACACCUAACAUGCCUUUACAUGUUAACCAACCAGACACUUAUAAAUCAGCUGUAAAUAACAAACAAUAUCCAUCUAACCAAGCAUGUAAUGAUGAAAAAGAAUCAAAAAAAAAAGAUGAAUGGUUUGAUUUAACAUCUAAGUUUUUGAAUAAUGGUGUAAAAAAUACUAGUAGAAAACAUUCAUCAACAUCAAACCAUACUCAAAGUGUAUCCAAACGUUCUCAUCGUUCUUCAUCUCCAAAAUCUCGUAAUAUUAGUAAAGAUAGAAAUGUUAGAAGUAUGAAAACAAAUGAAGAAAUGUCUAGUGAAAUGUCUGAAAUGAAAAAAUUAUCUAAUAUGUCUAUUCAACAAAUAAUUGACUAUGAAAAGAAAAAGUGGAGCAGAUCAGCACCAUCAGAUAUAUAUUAUAAAAAACCUGAUGAUGAUUCAGAAGUUACAUUUGGAAAUAAGAUCGCACUAGAUAUAUGUGAUGAAUUUGAAAACACCUUAGGAAAACGUGUUUCUAAAAUGAAUGAAAAUAAACCAGUUCAUUGUAAACCUCGUAAGGUUAAUGUUAAUGUUCGUAAACAUGUAUGUUCAGGUAAUGGUUCUAGUACAUCUGAUGAAGACGAAGACGACGAAAAAGAAAAUUCCACACUUAAAGAGCUGGAUAGAAAAUGUUCACAUCCAGACAGACUUCACUCGGAAUUAUGGUAUAAUGAGUUUGGAGAAAUGAAUGAUGGUCCAAUGUGUAAAUGUAGUGUUAAAUCACAGAGAUCUGGUAUACGACAUAAUAUAUAUGUUGGAGAAGGUCCCUUUGAACCUUGUUUACCAAAUUCAAAUAAUAGUGACAAGUUAUUUCAUUAUAGAAUUACUAUAACUCCGCCAACAAAUUUUUUACUGAAGUGUCCUACAGUUAUUGAAUGUAACGAAAGUAAAUAUACUUUUGAAGGUUUCUCGUUACUAUCACACUAUCCUAUUCCAAUUUUACCUACAUGUAAAGUUAUUCGUUUCAACACUAAUUAUGCAAUAUUAUACAUUGAAGAAAAGAUUCCGGAUAAUUUUAUAGUGAAGGAGUUGCAAUUAUUUUAUGAUUAUUUGUUUAAAGACAUUUUGGAAUUGGUUGAUUUAGACUUGCAUGGUAUAGGUAAUAAAAAUGGAUGUCCUCAAUUUCAUUUCAUGCCUCGCUUUGUAAAAGACUUGUCUGAUAAUGGAAAAGAAGUGCUUUCUAUGAAUGAAGUUCUCAAAUAUCUUUUAAAGAGCAACAAAUUACUUUUUGAAGAGAGCUCUUUGUCUGCUUUACAAGAAAUGCCUAUGAAUGAAUGGCAAAAUAUAGUAGAUGAAUAUAAAGGCAUGAUAGUUACAAACCCUGGAACUAAACCAUAUUCAAUACGAGUUGAUCAGCUAGAUAGAGAUUCUGUAAAUGAAGCUACUGAAAAAAAUGUAAACGAUGGUUAUCCAGUUUUAGUACAUUUUGGUAUUCGACCACCUCAACUUAGUUAUGCUGGUAAUCCAGAUUAUCAAAAAGGCUGGCGUGAUUAUGUAAAAUUUAGACAUCUUCUAGCAAAUAUGCCCAAACCAUCAUUUGAAGAUAAAAGAAAACUGGAAAUCAAAGAAAGAGCUUUACAAGAAAUGAGAUCCCAUAAUAAAAUGAAACGUGGAGUGACUGCUGCAGUUUCUAGUAAAGGAUUUUUUAAAACUGGACUUAUGUGUGAUAUUGUUCAGCAUGCCAUGCUUUUACCAGUACUUGUGUGCCAUUUUAGAUUCCACAAAUCUUUAGAAUACCUAGAAGAUACUAUAGAAUAUAAAUUUAAGAACAAAUAUUUACUUCAGCUUGCAUUAACUCAUCCUUCAUAUAGAGAAAAUUUUGGUACUAAUCCUGAUCAUGCAAGAAAUACUCUUACCAAUUGUGGUAUAAGACAACCUGAGUAUGGAGAUAGGCGUAUUCAUUAUAUGAACACAAGAAAAAGAGGUAUAAAUACAUUAAUUAAUAUAAUGUCACGGUUUGGUAAGAAAUCAGAAAUGGAAUCAAAUAUAAUGCACAAUGAGCGUUUAGAAUUUUUGGGAGAUGCUGUUGUUGAAUUUGUGUCUUCUAUUCAUUUAUUUAAUAUGUUUCCAGACAUUGAAGAAGGAGGAUUAGCCACGUUUCGAGCAGCUAUUGUUCAAAAUCAACAUCUUGCUGUUUUGGCAAAGACUUUAAAGCUAGAUGAUUUUAUGCUAUAUGCUCAUGGCUCAGAUUUAUGUCAUGAUUCUGAGCUCAAGCAUGCAAUGGCUAAUUGUUUUGAAGCUUUGAUGGGUGCAUUGUUUUUAGAUGGAGGUAUUGAAGUAGCUGAUCGUGUGUUUGGCAAAACAUUUUAUAGGGAUUCACCAGAAUAUCUCGAUAUUUGGGUAAACUACCCCAGACAUCCUUUACAACAACAAGAACCUGAAGGCGAUCGUAAAUGGAUUAAAAAAUUACCAUUACUUCAAAAACUAACAAACUUUGAAGACUCUAUAGGUAUAAAAUUUACCCAUAUAAGAUUAUUAGCCAGAGCGUUUACUGAUAGAAGUGUGGGUUUCACAAAUUUAACUCUUGGUUCAAAUCAACGACUUGAGUUUUUGGGGGAUACUGUUCUGCAAUUAAUAGCUUCAGACUAUUUGUACAAAUAUUUUCCAGAACAUCACGAAGGUCACCUAUCUCUCCUUCGUAGUUCUUUGGUAAACAAUCGAACUCAAUCUGUAGUAUGUGACGAUUUAGGUAUGGUUAGUUAUGCACUUUAUGCAAAUCCAAAAGCCGAAUUAAAAACAAAAGAUAGAGCUGAUUUGUUAGAAGCAUUUCUUGGAGCUUUAUAUAUUGACAAAGGACUUACAUUCUGUCAAGCAUUCUGUAAUGUAUGUUUCUUUCCUCGUCUACAUGAUUUCAUUCUGAAACAAGACUGGAAUGACCCAAAAUCUAAACUACAACAAUGUUGUUUAACAUUACGAUCAGUAGACGGUGGUGAACCAGAUAUACCAGUAUAUAAAGUGAUAGAAUGUAUGGGACCAACUAAUGGUCGAAAAUAUACAGUAGCUGUCUACUUUAAAAGUGUGAGGUUGUCACAGGCGACUGGCCAUAGUAUACAACGAGCUGAAAUGAAUGCUGCCAAUAGUGCGUUGGAAGUAUCUAAAGAUCUUUUUCCACAAUUGGAUCACCAAAGACGUGCUAUAUCAAGAAGCUUACGUCAUCAGUGUUCAGAUGGUCAAGCAAACAUUGAUGACAUAAUUAAGUUAUUGGAAUCUAAUUCAACUAAAAAUGAAUCGAACAUGAGUGAUUUGGAUUUGGCUAAAAGAAAACUCCAUAGAAAAUUAUUAGCGGUAUUGUGUGCUAAUAAAAAUUCUAUUGAUAAUUAUUCAGAACCAGAUAAAAAAAAGAGAAAGAAAUAAGACAAUUAGGUAUUAUUUUUCUCAAAUAUUUUUUAUGCCUAAACGUGAAGGGAUGAUUAUUUUUGAAAUUAAUUUAAAUGGAUAAUAAAACUUUACUGUAUUGGCAAGUGAAUUAUUAAAGGCUGUACAUUUAUUAUACAUUAAUAUGAUUUACUUUCUGUUAGUAUUUGGUGUAACAGAAUUAUCUUUUUUAAAUUGUAUUCAAAUGUUUUACUGUAGUCCAACCAGAUUAUUUUUAUGUCAAUGAACUUCAUUAAUUUAAAAAUAGUUAAUCAUUAAA